AUGGAUACUUCUGCGUUUGUCAAACAACUGGCUUCGAACAGUAGAACUGUGAGAGAAGAGGCUUUGGAGUCUUUGAAGAAAUUUCAGACCUCAAGGCAAUUCAAAGAUAGCAGACAAAUUCAAUUCGACCAAUUAUGGAAAGGUCUAUACUACGCCAUGUGGUUUAGCGAUAGACCCAGACCGCAACAACGCUUGGCUACCAGUCUCGCUGAAUUGCACGAGCUUUACUUUGACAAGAGUGAUAAUGUUCAGAAGAAGAAAAAGAAGACGGAAGACAAGGUCGAGGAAGACGACGUGAAGUUGUUGACCUUGAACGACAAGGCAUUUUUGAAGUUCAGCAAGGCUUUCUGGCGCGUGAUGUGUCUGGAGUGGUACAACAUCGACCACCACCGUCUCGACAAGUAUCUAAUGCUCGUGAGACGAGUGCUCGUAAGCCAGCUGCGAUACCUACAGCUGCGGGAAUGGAACCAGGCAGUAGUCUCCAACUAUAUCCGGGCCGUGCUAUGCAAGUUGCCGCUCAGUGGUGACAAGAAGGUUUACAACGGGAUCCCCUUCCACAUCAUCGACAUUUUCACCGACGAAUGGGAGAAAUUGAUCUUCGGAAACGAGGACGACGGUGAGGAUGAGGACGCGCAGGGGGCUCCUAGUCUUGAGGAGCAGCGUGCUACGAUUGCAAAGACUCCGCUUGUUCAAUUCAUUGAAAUAUUCCGUGAUUUGUCCUCCAACACUGAGAACAUCAAGAUUCUACGUGACAAGAUCAAGAAGGACAUCUUCCACGACACUCGCUUGCAAAACUGGCAAGUUUUGGGCGGGGACAAGGAGGAAGGAGAAGAAGACGACGAGGAGGAGUGGACUGGCUUUUGA